AUGAGCACCACCCCCACCCCUCCAGACCCCUCCUCCCUGCACCUCUACUCCCUCCCCAACGAGGUUUUCGUCCAAAUCCUCACCCCAUUCUCCACACGCGCCCUCCUCCCCCUAACCACCAUCUCGCAUCGCUUCCACGCCCUCGUCCUCCGCAUCCUCCACUAUCGCCUCCUCAUAUCUGCCUCGCUGCACGAAUAUAAACUCAUUCUCGAAUGUUUCCACCCCAGCUCUAAGCUCAUCGAACCACAUGUCUUCUGCCAGUACCUUGGCACCGACGGGCUCAGCGGUCGACACGAGGGCGCGGGGUCGUUGUACGAGAAUGUUGAUCCCGCGCAACGCCUGGGACGGUUGACGGCGCUGUAUUCGCGGUUUCGGCCGGAGAGGGCCAUCGAGGAGAGGUUGAGUGGCAUGGGGUUAGUUAUUUCGGAUCCCGAGAUCCAAGAAAACCAAGACCAUUUGACCGUCACGCGACCCGUCAAUCUCGAAGCUUUCGAGGAGUUUUCGCAGCUCUGUGUUGUCGUGAAUGUCGUCAAGGUUAUGCCGGGGACGCAUCUUCUUCUGAGCGCAAAUACGGUCGAGGACGGAGUUGUCCGGUUGUUUCGAGAGUGGAUGAAGGAGCAGGAACGGACUUGCAGUCUUUCUCGGAACGCAGAUGACGACGAGGAAAGGGAUGAGUUCGAACCUAAUGCCGCUGGCGCUAGCGAUCUGUCUCAGUCCCAAGCGCCCAUGUUGUGGGUCGACCAGGGCAAGAAUGUCGGUCUGAAGGUGCGGGUGCGGAAGAAGCAGUAUCUCAAUGCUGGGUUUCCGUUGCUGAUCCAUCGGGAUGAGGAGGUGUUGACGAGUUACGAGGUGGAUAUUGAAGAAUUGCAUAUUCGGACGACGCGGUUGCUGCUGACUAUGGAGCAGUCGUUGGAAGAGCAGCAGAAUUACAGUAAAGCGGUGAUUUUUACUAGGGGGGUCGGAUGA